CCUGUUAUGGCCACCACUACUUCCGGGUUUCGGCAGUCUGGUCCAUAUCCACUCCUCAGUCGCGUUUCACAACUACUGACACCCAUUGUACACAAACCAACGAGGAGUUGGCGGCUGAGCGCAGCAUCGAUCGAGGGCUGCUCCUUUAAGAAAGACUAAGCCUGAAUUAUCACCCCACCUCCUCCUGAUCUCCUUUACAGUGCUUUUGCAUUUAAAAAAAAUCAACCCAGGAGCUGAGAGUGAUCAAAAGAAAAACGAGUGAGCUGAAUUUUUUGUGUGCAUUUGACUAUUCACAUUAGGUGUGCUAACCCGUGGAAGCGCGCCGCGGAUCAUCAUUCAUUCCGGGCUACUUUGACAAGCCUCGGCGUUUGAUUGACAGGCGGAGUGGCAAAAAGCCAUGAGACUUCGCUAGUUUUGUUUUGAGGGGUAUUUUCAUACUGUUUUUUGGAAAAUAAUACUGGGUUUUCUUUCCCUAUGCCACUGCCCUGGGGAUAGCUGAGGCCCUAUUCGCCGUUGCUUUGGACUGAACUUGAGCUGAAGAGGGCUGGCUUGAAUUCAUCGUUGCCUUUCCCUUGCAAGAAAUACGGAUUCUUGAAAGAUCUCGCAUUUGGAAUUUGCGUUUUUCAUUUGUUCUUCACCCUGGCCUCUUAGGGGAUAUAUCCGAAGCGAAAGGAGAGAAGGAGAGCGGGAGUAGAGGAGGGAUAUGGCGCAGCGGUACGAAGACUUGCCCCACUACGGGAUGGACGGGGUGGGCAUCCCCACCACCAUGUACGGCGACCCGCACGGUGCCCGCUCCAUGCAGGCCGUCCACCUCAACCACGGCCCCCAGCUGCACUCGCACCAGUACCCGCACACAGCCCACAGCAACGCCAUGCCGCCUAGCAUGGGCUCGUCCGUCAACGACGCCCUGAAGAGAGAUAAAGACCAGAUAUACGGGCACCCCCUGUUCCCCCUGCUUGCACUGAUUUUUGAGAAAUGUGAAUUAGCGACUUGCACGCCCAGAGAGCCUGGGGUCGCGGGAGGAGACGUUUGUUCAUCGGAAUCUUUCAAUGAAGAUAUAGCAGUGUUUGCAAAACAGAUUCGGGCAGAAAAGCCGUUAUUUUCAUCGAAUCCAGAACUGGAUAACCUGAUGAUUCAAGCCAUUCAAGUUUUACGGUUUCAUCUUCUGGAGUUGGAAAAGGUACACGAACUAUGUGACAAUUUCUGUCACCGGUACAUCAGCUGUCUGAAGGGAAAGAUGCCCAUCGACUUGGUUAUCGACGACAGAGAAGGAGCAAAAUCAGACAGCGAGGAAAUAACAAGAUCAUCCGGGCCUCUUGAUCAGACUUCCUGGAACAAAGAGCACGAUGACACGGCAUCCACGCGCUCCGGGGGCACGCCUGGUCCAUCCAGCGGGGGACACACGUCACACAGCGGGGACAACAGCAGUGAACAAGGUGACGGCAUGGACAACAGUGUGGCUUCGCCGAGCACAGGAGACGAAGACGACCCGGACAAAGAGAAGAAAAGGAACAAGAAGAGAGGCAUCUUCCCCAAAGUGGCCACCAACAUCAUGAGAGCCUGGCUCUUCCAGCACCUAACGCAUCCUUACCCUUCAGAAGAACAGAAGAAACAGCUGGCGCAAGACACAGGCCUCACCAUCCUACAAGUCAACAACUGGUUCAUCAAUGCCAGAAGGAGAAUAGUUCAGCCCAUGAUCGACCAGUCUAACCGUGCAGUAAGUCAAGGAGCCCCCUACACCCCAGAUGGACAACCCAUGGGGGGCUUCGUGAUGGACGGGCAGCAGCACAUGGGAAUCAGACCACCUG